AUGACAUGCGUCAAUCAGCCGCCAUGUUGGAAGCCCAUUGACGCUACGGCUAGCCUCCAAGGACAAAAAUCAUUUGCGACUGGGUUCUUCUACAUCCCUCAAAUAUUCAGCCUCCAGAGCGUGCCGACCAACGAUGCUCUCGUGCUGACGUCCUGCGACUUUAACAACGAUGCCGUGCCAUUCUGCGGAUUCCGCCAGGUCUCUGAGGACAGUGGCGACUGGACCCGGCACAAAGGUCCAACCCCGACGCCUGGCACGGGCCCUCAAGGAGAUUACCCGGAUGGAAAGGGAUUCUACAUCUACCAGGAAUGUGACAACGUGGGAAACGGGCAGAAGAUCCGUCUGCUGAGUUCCACGAUCUUAAUGCCGCCGUCACAGAUCUGCGUCCAGUUCCGAUAUUACAUGUACGGCUCAGACAAUUCCAAUCUGUUGCGAGUGCUGGCGAAGAGGCCGAAUAGCGAGGACGAGCUGUGGAAGAAGACUGGUACCCAGAGUAAGUCGUGGCUGAAGGGCGACAUCACCGUGUCCAAUUCAGACAGUCAGGAGGUCACGAUUGUCUUCGAGGCCCAGCGAGGUUCCUCCUCUUCCUGCGACUCAGCACUCGACAACAUCAUCAUCAGUGAAGGGUCAUGUCCCACUUGCGUUUCUGGCUGCGACUUUGACAACUCGGGUGACACUUGUGGGUGGACUCUGUUCAUACCUGACGUGGAAAUAUCCGGCUUUGAGCAAUGGUCUGGUCCAACAGACACAGAAGGCACCGGACCUGAUGAUGACUUCUCCAAGCCUGGGCUGGGAUUCUACAUGCUGAUGGAUUCUGGCUUUUCUGUCCCUGGACGAGAGGGGCAUAUCAGAAGUCCUGUGAUAGGCACUCAUUCCGGAUGCCUGGAGCUUACGUUCCAUUACUAUCUGUUUGGCACCAGCGAGACCAUGCAGCUCAGUGUCCACACCUUGACAGGGGGACUCCUCGGACCCUCUCUCUUCACUGUCGCGGGGAACCAGGGUCCAGCCUGGAAGCCUGCAGAAGUCCGUCACCUCGGGAACACUAGCGUCCAGUUUGUUAUUGUGGGCACCUACGGAGAGACGAAUCAGACCGAUAUUGCUGUUGAUGCUGUGUGUGUCAUGGCCUGUCAAGUUCAGUGCCCUCCAAAUGCAGAGUACAUCGAAUGUGGCCCAGCUUGCAUCCCCACCUGCAUGGAACCCUCCACCAACUGUAGCGGCUCCUGUAUCACCGGCUGCUUUUGCAAACCGGGGUUUGUCUUCAAGGGGAGACACUGUGUGCCACUGGAGAAAUGCGGUUGCCUGGAUCACAAUCAGAACUAUUACGAGCCUGGAGAGAUCGUAUUUGGAGACGGCUGCUCAAAGCUGUGUCGCUGCGCGGGGAACUACACUUUGGAAUGUGUGGAUAACACCUGUGAUCCCACUGAGGAGUGUCGUGAGGUUAACGGUGUCCCAGGAUGCUACCCGAAAGGUACAUCCUCGUGCAUCGCAUCCGGAGAUCCACAUUACACGACUUUCGACAAGCGCAAGUACAACUUCAUGGGCAACUGCAGUUACACGAUGACUGGAGUCUGCAAUGUAUCGGCUUUACCAAACUUUGUGGUCUACGCUGACAACGAAAAUCGCUAUAACAGACCCACCAUCUCCUAUGUGAAGGCGGUUCAUGUGCAUGUAGAAUCCGGUGGUGUCUCCAUCUUCAAAGGUGGCGCUGUGCAUGUGAAUGGAAUCAAAGUCAACCUUCCAGUCAGUCCAUUCCCAGGUGUCUCUGUGUUCAAAUCCGGAAAGCACUACACCGUGUCCUUGGAUUUUGGUGUGACUGUGCGCUAUGACGGAAACCACUUUAUGGACAUCAAAGUGAUUAAAGACUUUAAGAACAUACUGUGUGGACUGUGUGGAGAUUACAAUGGAGAUCCCAAAGACGACUUCCGCAAGCCAGAUGGAUCAUUGACCCGCAAUCCCAAUGACUUUGGAAACAGUUGGAACACUGAUCCAGAGUGUAACAAUAAACCCAACACCACUAAUCCCGGAUGUGAGGCAGAGGAGCAGAAGCUCUAUGAGAGCUCUGGAUAUUGUGGCAUCCUGCUGGACAAAAAUAGUCCUUUGGCUGCGUGUCACGCCAAGGUCAACCCCAAUGAUUACUUCAAGGACUGUGUCUUUGACCUUUGCGAGCUUGAUGGCGCUCAUUCCAUUCUGUGUGAAGCCAUUGAGGCCUACGUCAAUGAGUGCCAGGACCGUGGGGUCAACAUCGGACCCUGGAGGAACGAAACCUUCUGUCCUUUUGGGUGUCCCCCCAACAGCCAUUACGAGCCCUGCGCGGACCCCUGUCAGCAGACGUGUUCGGGCAGACCCCCCUCCUGCAGCGGCCCGUGCACCGAGUCCUGUGUGUGUGAUCCCGGCUACAUCCUGAGUGCCGGGAAAUGUGUCACCAACGCUUCAUGUGGCUGCCAACACACCAAUGGCCAGUAUUAUCAGCCUGGAGAGGAGUUCUAUGCUGAGAACUGCACUCUGAAGUGUAGCUGUGACGCGCCCUUGGUGACCUGUAAGGCAUCUCAAUGCCCCCCAAUGCACGAGUGUCAAGUCCAAGGGGGAGAGCUGGGCUGCUAUCCCACAGGAAUGACGACACCCAGACCAACAACUCCAAGACCGACGACACCAAAACCAAUUCGGUGCCCUCCAAAUGCAGAGUACAUCGAAUGUGGCCCAGCUUGCAUCCCCACCUGCAUGGAACCCUCCACCAACUGUAGCGGCUCCUGUAUCACCGGCUGCUUUUGCAAACCGGGGUUUGUCUUCAAGGGGAGACACUGUGUGCCACUGGAGAAAUGCGGUUGCCUGGAUCACAAUCAGAACUAUUACGAGCCUGGAGAGAUCGUAUUUGGAGACGGCUGCUCAAAGCUGUGUCGCUGCGCGGGGAACUACACUUUGGAAUGUGUGGAUAACACCUGUGAUCCCACUGAGGAGUGUCGUGAGGUUAACGGUGUCCCAGGAUGCUACCCGAAAGGUACAUCCUCGUGCAUCGCAUCCGGAGAUCCACAUUACACGACUUUCGACAAGCGCAAGUACAACUUCAUGGGCAACUGCAGUUACACGAUGACUGGAGUCUGCAAUGUAUCGGCUUUACCAAACUUUGUGGUCUACGCUGACAACGAAAAUCGCUAUAACAGACCCACCAUCUCCUAUGUGAAGGCGGUUCAUGUGCAUGUAGAAUCCGGUGGUGUCUCCAUCUUCAAAGGUGGCGCUGUGCAUGUGAAUGGAAUCAAAGUCAACCUUCCAGUCAGUCCAUUCCCAGGUGUCUCUGUGUUCAAAUCCGGAAAGCACUACACCGUGUCCUUGGAUUUUGGUGUGACUGUGCGCUAUGACGGAAACCACUUUAUGGACAUCAAAGUGAUUAAAGACUUUAAGAACAUACUGUGUGGACUGUGUGGAGAUUACAAUGGAGAUCCCAAAGACGACUUCCGCAAGCCAGAUGGAUCAUUGACCCGCAAUCCCAAUGACUUUGGAAACAGUUGGAACACUGAUCCAGAGUGUAACAAUAAACCCAACACCACUAAUCCCGGAUGUGAGGCAGAGGAGCAGAAGCUCUAUGAGAGCUCUGGAUAUUGUGGCAUCCUGCUGGACAAAAAUAGUCCUUUGGCUGCGUGUCACGCCAAGGUCAACCCCAAUGAUUACUUCAAGGACUGUGUCUUUGACCUUUGCGAGCUUGAUGGCGCUCAUUCCAUUCUGUGUGAAGCCAUUGAGGCCUACGUCAAUGCGUGCCAGGACCGUGGGGUCAACAUCGGACCCUGGAGGAACGAAACCUUCUGUCCUUUUGGGUGUCCCCCCAACAGCCAUUACGAGCCCUGCGCGGACCCCUGUCAGCAGACGUGUUCGGGCAGACCCCCCUCCUGCAGCGGCCCGUGCACCGAGUCCUGUGUGUGUGAUCCCGGCUACAUCCUGAGUGCCGGGAAAUGUGUCACCAACGCUUCAUGUGGCUGCCAACACACCAAUGGCCAGUAUUAUCAGCCUGGAGAGGAGUUCUAUGCUGAGAACUGCACUCUGAAGUGUAGCUGUGACGCGCCCUUGGUGACCUGUAAGGCAUCUCAAUGCCCCCCAAUGCACGAGUGUCAAGUCCAAGGGGGAGAGCUGGGCUGCUAUCCCACAGGAAUGACGACACCCAGACCAACAACUCCAAGACCGACGACACCAAAACCAAUUCGGUGCCCUCCAAAUGCAGAGUACAUCGAAUGUGGCCCAGCUUGCAUCCCCACCUGCAUGGAACCCUCCACCAACUGUAGCGGCUCCUGUAUCACCGGCUGCUUUUGCAAACCGGGGUUUGUCUUCAAGGGGAGACACUGUGUGCCACUGGAGAAAUGCGGUUGCCUGGAUCACAAUCAGAACUAUUACGAGCCUGGAGAGAUCGUAUUUGGAGACGGCUGCUCAAAGCUGUGUCGCUGCGCGGGGAACUACACUUUGGAAUGUGUGGAUAACACCUGUGAUCCCACUGAGGAGUGUCGUGAGGUUAACGGUGUCCCAGGAUGCUACCCGAAAGGUACAUCCUCGUGCAUCGCAUCCGGAGAUCCACAUUACACGACUUUCGACAAGCGCAAGUACAACUUCAUGGGCAACUGCAGUUACACGAUGACUGGAGUCUGCAAUGUAUCGGCUUUACCAAACUUUGUGGUCUACGCUGACAACGAAAAUCGCUAUAACAGACCCACCAUCUCCUAUGUGAAGGCGGUUCAUGUGCAUGUAGAAUCCGGUGGUGUCUCCAUCUUCAAAGGUGGCGCUGUGCAUGUGAAUGGAAUCAAAGUCAACCUUCCAGUCAGUCCAUUCCCAGGUGUCUCUGUGUUCAAAUCCGGAAAGCACUACACCGUGUCCUUGGAUUUUGGUGUGACUGUGCGCUAUGACGGAAACCACUUUAUGGACAUCAAAGUGAUUAAAGACUUUAAGAACAUACUGUGUGGACUGUGUGGAGAUUACAAUGGAGAUCCCAAAGACGACUUCCGCAAGCCAGAUGGAUCAUUGACCCGCAAUCCCAAUGACUUUGGAAACAGUUGGAACACUGAUCCAGAGUGUAACAAUAAACCCAACACCACUAAUCCCGGAUGUGAGGCAGAGGAGCAGAAGCUCUAUGAGAGCUCUGGAUAUUGUGGCAUCCUGCUGGACAAAAAUAGUCCUUUGGCUGCGUGUCACGCCAAGGUCAACCCCAAUGAUUACUUCAAGGACUGUGUCUUUGACCUUUGCGAGCUUGAUGGCGCUCAUUCCAUUCUGUGUGAAGCCAUUGAGGCCUACGUCAAUGAGUGCCAGGACCGUGGGGUCAACAUCGGACCCUGGAGGAACGAAACCUUCUGUCCUUUUGGGUGUCCCCCCAACAGCCAUUACGAGCCCUGCGCGGACCCCUGUCAGCAGACGUGUUCGGGCAGACCCCCCUCCUGCAGCGGCCCGUGCACCGAGUCCUGUGUGUGUGAUCCCGGCUACAUCCUGAGUGCCGGGAAAUGUGUCACCAACGCUUCAUGUGGCUGCCAACACACCAAUGGCCAGUAUUAUCAGCCUGGAGAGGAGUUCUAUGCUGAGAACUGCACUCUGAAGUGUAGCUGUGACGCGCCCUUGGUGACCUGUAAGGCAUCUCAAUGCCCCCCAAUGCACGAGUGUCAAGUCCAAGGGGGAGAGCUGGGCUGCUAUCCCACAGGAAUGACGACACCCAGACCAACAACUCCAAGACCGACGACACCAAAACCAAUUCGGUGCCCUCCAAAUGCAGAGUACAUCGAAUGUGGCCCAGCUUGCAUCCCCACCUGCAUGGAACCCUCCACCAACUGUAGCGGCUCCUGUAUCACCGGCUGCUUUUGCAAACCGGGGUUUGUCUUCAAGGGGAGACACUGUGUGCCACUGGAGAAAUGCGGUUGCCUGGAUCACAAUCAGAACUAUUACGAGCCUGGAGAGAUCGUAUUUGGAGACGGCUGCUCAAAGCUGUGUCGCUGCGCGGGGAACUACACUUUGGAAUGUGUGGAUAACACCUGUGAUCCCACUGAGGAGUGUCGUGAGGUUAACGGUGUCCCAGGAUGCUACCCGAAAGGUACAUCCUCGUGCAUCGCAUCCGGAGAUCCACAUUACACGACUUUCGACAAGCGCAAGUACAACUUCAUGGGCAACUGCAGUUACACGAUGACUGGAGUCUGCAAUGUAUCGGCUUUACCAAACUUUGUGGUCUACGCUGACAACGAAAAUCGCUAUAACAGACCCACCAUCUCCUAUGUGAAGGCGGUUCAUGUGCAUGUAGAAUCCGGUGGUGUCUCCAUCUUCAAAGGUGGCGCUGUGCAUGUGAAUGGAAUCAAAGUCAACCUUCCAGUCAGUCCAUUCCCAGGUGUCUCUGUGUUCAAAUCCGGAAAGCACUACACCGUGUCCUUGGAUUUUGGUGUGACUGUGCGCUAUGACGGAAACCACUUUAUGGACAUCAAAGUGAUUAAAGACUUUAAGAACAUACUGUGUGGACUGUGUGGAGAUUACAAUGGAGAUCCCAAAGACGACUUCCGCAAGCCAGAUGGAUCAUUGACCCGCAAUCCCAAUGACUUUGGAAACAGUUGGAACACUGAUCCAGAGUGUAACAAUAAACCCAACACCACUAAUCCCGGAUGUGAGGCAGAGGAGCAGAAGCUCUAUGAGAGCUCUGGAUAUUGUGGCAUCCUGCUGGACAAAAAUAGUCCUUUGGCUGCGUGUCACGCCAAGGUCAACCCCAAUGAUUACUUCAAGGACUGUGUCUUUGACCUUUGCGAGCUUGAUGGCGCUCAUUCCAUUCUGUGUGAAGCCAUUGAGGCCUACGUCAAUGCGUGCCAGGACCGUGGGGUCAACAUCGGACCCUGGAGGAACGAAACCUUCUGUCCUUUUGGGUGUCCCCCCAACAGCCAUUACGAGCCCUGCGCGGACCCCUGUCAGCAGACGUGUUCGGGCAGACCCCCCUCCUGCAGCGGCCCGUGCACCGAGUCCUGUGUGUGUGAUCCCGGCUACAUCCUGAGUGCCGGGAAAUGUGUCACCAACGCUUCAUGUGGCUGCCAACACACCAAUGGCCAGUAUUAUCAGCCUGGAGAGGAGUUCUAUGCUGAGAACUGCACUCUGAAGUGUAGCUGUGACGCGCCCUUGGUGACCUGUAAGGCAUCUCAAUGCCCCCCAAUGCACGAGUGUCAAGUCCAAGGGGGAGAGCUGGGCUGCUAUCCCACAGGAAUGACGACACCCAGACCAACAACUCCAAGACCGACGACACCAAAACCAAUUCGGUGCCCUCCAAAUGCAGAGUACAUCGAAUGUGGCCCAGCUUGCAUCCCCACCUGCAUGGAACCCUCCACCAACUGUAGCGGCUCCUGUAUCACCGGCUGCUUUUGCAAACCGGGGUUUGUCUUCAAGGGGAGACACUGUGUGCCACUGGAGAAAUGCGGUUGCCUGGAUCACAAUCAGAACUAUUACGAGCCUGGAGAGAUCGUAUUUGGAGACGGCUGCUCAAAGCUGUGUCGCUGCGCGGGGAACUACACUUUGGAAUGUGUGGAUAACACCUGUGAUCCCACUGAGGAGUGUCGUGAGGUUAACGGUGUCCCAGGAUGCUACCCGAAAGGUACAUCCUCGUGCAUCGCAUCCGGAGAUCCACAUUACACGACUUUCGACAAGCGCAAGUACAACUUCAUGGGCAACUGCAGUUACACGAUGACUGGAGUCUGCAAUGUAUCGGCUUUACCAAACUUUGUGGUCUACGCUGACAACGAAAAUCGCUAUAACAGACCCACCAUCUCCUAUGUGAAGGCGGUUCAUGUGCAUGUAGAAUCCGGUGGUGUCUCCAUCUUCAAAGGUGGCGCUGUGCAUGUGAAUGGAAUCAAAGUCAACCUUCCAGUCAGUCCAUUCCCAGGUGUCUCUGUGUUCAAAUCCGGAAAGCACUACACCGUGUCCUUGGAUUUUGGUGUGACUGUGCGCUAUGACGGAAACCACUUUAUGGACAUCAAAGUGAUUAAAGACUUUAAGAACAUACUGUGUGGACUGUGUGGAGAUUACAAUGGAGAUCCCAAAGACGACUUCCGCAAGCCAGAUGGAUCAUUGACCCGCAAUCCCAAUGACUUUGGAAACAGUUGGAACACUGAUCCAGAGUGUAACAAUAAACCCAACACCACUAAUCCCGGAUGUGAGGCAGAGGAGCAGAAGCUCUAUGAGAGCUCUGGAUAUUGUGGCAUCCUGCUGGACAAAAAUAGUCCUUUGGCUGCGUGUCACGCCAAGGUCAACCCCAAUGAUUACUUCAAGGACUGUGUCUUUGACCUUUGCGAGCUUGAUGGCGCUCAUUCCAUUCUGUGUGAAGCCAUUGAGGCCUACGUCAAUGAGUGCCAGGACCGUGGGGUCAACAUCGGACCCUGGAGGAACGAAACCUUCUGUCCUUUUGGGUGUCCCCCCAACAGCCAUUACGAGCCCUGCGCGGACCCCUGUCAGCAGACGUGUUCGGGCAGACCCCCCUCCUGCAGCGGCCCGUGCACCGAGUCCUGUGUGUGUGAUCCCGGCUACAUCCUGAGUGCCGGGAAAUGUGUCACCAACGCUUCAUGUGGCUGCCAACACACCAAUGGCCAGUAUUAUCAGCCUGGAGAGGAGUUCUAUGCUGAGAACUGCACUCUGAAGUGUAGCUGUGACGCGCCCUUGGUGACCUGUAAGGCAUCUCAAUGCCCCCCAAUGCACGAGUGUCAAGUCCAAGGGGGAGAGCUGGGCUGCUAUCCCACAGGAAUGACGACACCCAGACCAACAACUCCAAGACCGACGACACCAAAACCAAUUCGGUGCCCUCCAAAUGCAGAGUACAUCGAAUGUGGCCCAGCUUGCAUCCCCACCUGCAUGGAACCCUCCACCAACUGUAGCGGCUCCUGUAUCACCGGCUGCUUUUGCAAACCGGGGUUUGUCUUCAAGGGGAGACACUGUGUGCCACUGGAGAAAUGCGGUUGCCUGGAUCACAAUCAGAACUAUUACGAGCCUGGAGAGAUCGUAUUUGGAGACGGCUGCUCAAAGCUGUGUCGCUGCGCGGGGAACUACACUUUGGAAUGUGUGGAUAACACCUGUGAUCCCACUGAGGAGUGUCGUGAGGUUAACGGUGUCCCAGGAUGCUACCCGAAAGGUACAUCCUCGUGCAUCGCAUCCGGAGAUCCACAUUACACGACUUUCGACAAGCGCAAGUACAACUUCAUGGGCAACUGCAGUUACACGAUGACUGGAGUCUGCAAUGUAUCGGCUUUACCAAACUUUGUGGUCUACGCUGACAACGAAAAUCGCUAUAACAGACCCACCAUCUCCUAUGUGAAGGCGGUUCAUGUGCAUGUAGAAUCCGGUGGUGUCUCCAUCUUCAAAGGUGGCGCUGUGCAUGUGAAUGGAAUCAAAGUCAACCUUCCAGUCAGUCCAUUCCCAGGUGUCUCUGUGUUCAAAUCCGGAAAGCACUACACCGUGUCCUUGGAUUUUGGUGUGACUGUGCGCUAUGACGGAAACCACUUUAUGGACAUCAAAGUGAUUAAAGACUUUAAGAACAUACUGUGUGGACUGUGUGGAGAUUACAAUGGAGAUCCCAAAGACGACUUCCGCAAGCCAGAUGGAUCAUUGACCCGCAAUCCCAAUGACUUUGGAAACAGUUGGAACACUGAUCCAGAGUGUAACAAUAAACCCAACACCACUAAUCCCGGAUGUGAGGCAGAGGAGCAGAAGCUCUAUGAGAGCUCUGGAUAUUGUGGCAUCCUGCUGGACAAAAAUAGUCCUUUGGCUGCGUGUCACGCCAAGGUCAACCCCAAUGAUUACUUCAAGGACUGUGUCUUUGACCUUUGCGAGCUUGAUGGCGCUCAUUCCAUUCUGUGUGAAGCCAUUGAGGCCUACGUCAAUGCGUGCCAGGACCGUGGGGUCAACAUCGGACCCUGGAGGAACGAAACCUUCUGUCCUUUUGGGUGUCCCCCCAACAGCCAUUACGAGCCCUGCGCGGACCCCUGUCAGCAGACGUGUUCGGGCAGACCCCCCUCCUGCAGCGGCCCGUGCACCGAGUCCUGUGUGUGUGAUCCCGGCUACAUCCUGAGUGCCGGGAAAUGUGUCACCAACGCUUCAUGUGGCUGCCAACACACCAAUGGCCAGUAUUAUCAGCCUGGAGAGGAGUUCUAUGCUGAGAACUGCACUCUGAAGUGUAGCUGUGACGCGCCCUUGGUGACCUGUAAGGCAUCUCAAUGCCCCCCAAUGCACGAGUGUCAAGUCCAAGGGGGAGAGCUGGGCUGCUAUCCCACAGGAUCCCAGAACUGCAUCGUCUCUGGAGAUCCACACUACAACACUUUUGACAAAAGGUUCUACAGUUUCAUGGGCUCCUGUACCUACACGUUGGCCAGAACCUGCAGGAACAACAGAGGACCUUGGUUCUCAGUUGAGGCGAAGAACGAGGAAAGAGGCCUACCGGGUGUAUCUUACCUGCGAAAACUUUACAUCACGGUGGACGGGAUCACGGUGACUUUGAUGAAAGCCAAGAGGACCCUGGUGAACGGACUACGUGUAGCGCUACCUCACGCCCCGUCUCCCGCGGUCACGGUCAGUCGUGCCGGUCAGUACGUCACGUUGCAGACUUCCUUUGGCCUCCGAGUGCGCUGGGACGGGAACCAUUAUGCCCGAAUCUCCGUACCCAGCUCGUACCACGAUCAGAUGUGCGGUCUGUGUGGGGACUUGGACGGGAACCCGGACAAUGACUUCGCCAAGCCAGAUGGCGCUCUCGUCGCCAACGUCAACGACUUCUGCAACAGCUGGCAGACGGAAGAAGACGAGGACGACUCGUGUUCCCCAGGCACCGAGCCCGACCCGGACUGCGAUCCAAAUCUUGAGGCUGAGGCGGUCGAACCGGAGAAAUGCGGAAAGCUCAAGGAUAGCGCCGGACCCUUCCGGGAGUGCGUCGGCGUGGUGAAUCCCGCCCCCUUCUUCCAGAGCUGCGUGUACGACAUGUGUCGCUUCAACGGGCGGCAGCGCGUACUGUGCGACCAGCUGCAGGCCUACACGGAGGCCUGCCACAGUGCCGGGGUCAAAGUCCACCAGUGGAGGAGUCCCCGCUUCUGUCCCCCGGACUGCCCCGCCAACACCUCGUACUCCGUGUGCGUGAGCUCGUGCCCGGAGACGUGCGCGGGCGCGGCGGGAGCGCCCGGCUGCGGCGACGUGUGCGUGGAGGGAUGCGCCUGCGACCCGGGCUUCAUCCUCAGCGACGACAAGUGCGUGUCGCUCAAAGACUGCGGUUGCGUCGACACCGCCGGCUCGUACCAUCCGGUGGGCGACGGCUGGUACUCGGAGGGCUGCGAGCGGCGGUGCACGUGCCAAGACGGAGGCCGGAUCCGGUGUUCCCACAGCAGCUGCGAAGCCGGCGCCGAGAUCUGCCAGCUGCACGAUGGAGAAUACCGCUGCCGUCCUUUGGGAAAUGGAAUGUGUUCGGUAUCCGGCGACCCCCACUACACUACCUUUGACAAGCGCACCCACCACUACAUGGGCGCCUGCUCGUACACCCUGACCGAGCCCUGCGACGUCUCCUCCUCCGGCUUGCCGUACUUCAGCGUGGCCGCCCAAAACGAGCGCCGGGGCAGCAACAAGAAGGUUUCGUACGUCAGGGCCGUCGCGGCGCUGGCGGACGGCGUGACGGUCAUCCUCGGCAAAGGCCGAACUGUCCAGGUAAACGGGACGGCGGUGGUUCCGCCUGUCGAGUGGAUCGGCGGGACAAAGAUCUACUUGAGUGGCAAGUUUGUGGUCCUGGAGACGUCUUUCCACCUGAGGGUGCGAUUCGACGGUAACCACCACGCGGACGUCUCCGUGCCGACCUCCUACAACGGGCAGCUUUGCGGAAUGUGUGGAAAUUUCAAUGGAAAUCCCAGCGACGACAACCUGAAACCGGACCGGACGCCCGCUUUGAGCACCAAUGAACUCGGAGACAGCUGGCGGGUUGCUGACCCGAGGCCCGAUUGCAGCAACGACGGCGGACAGGAAGACUGCGACCCGAAGGUGGAGGCCGAAGCCCAGAAGCCGACAAGCUGCGGCGUGAUCGCCGAUCCCAACGGUAUCUUCGAGCCGUGUCACUCGGUCGUCCCCCCCGAGCCUUAUUUGGAAAACUGCGUGUACGACAUGUGCGCCACCGGCGGCCAGACCGUCGCCCUCUGCCAGGCGCUGGAGAGCUACGCCGACAUGUGCGCCGCGGCGAGAGUCGCCAUCGCGUGGAGGAACAAUACCUUCUGCCCUCUCAAAUGUCCCGCCGGAAGUCAAUACACCCCGUGCGGUUCCGCCUGCGCCCAGCCCAGCUGUCAGAAUCCGGCGGGCCCGGGAGGCCCCUGCGACCAGCCCUGCGCGGAGGGAUGCGCGUGCGCCCCCGGCCUCAUUCUGAGCGGAGACAAAUGCGUGGCGCUCGGCCGCUGCGGCUGCACCGACGAGGACGGCCGGUACAGGCCGGCGGGCGCCGCCUGGUUCACGGAGGCCGACUGCUCGGUGCGUUGCGAGUGUCACGGCGAGCGCAAUGUGACCUGCGAGCCGUGGCGGUGCGGCCCCGCGCAGGAGUGCCGAGCGCAGGAGGGAGUGCUGGACUGCCACUCGACAGGCAAAGGCGCGUGCCACGUAGCCGGAGACCCUCACUACUACACCUUCGACGGCGUCAUGCACACCUUCAUGGGCACGUGCACUUACACUCUCGUCGAGGUGUGCGACGCCGCCAUGGUGACGCCGUUCCGGAUCGUGGCCAAAAACGAGGAGCGCGGCCAACCGGAGGCCUCCUACGUCCGCUCCGUCAAGGUGUACCUGCCUCGCGACACCCAGGUCGAGCUGCACAAGGGCCGCAGAGUUCUGCUGAACGGGCGGCGGGUGCGGACCCCCAUUUCCCUGAGCGCGGCGGGAGCGAAGGUGAUCAGCAGUGGCGCGUACAAUCUGCUGGAUACCGACUUCGGUCUGCAAGUGAAAUUCGACGGCGUUCACCGCCUGGAGAUCACCGUGCCCGGCCAAUACUUCGAUAAGCUGUGCGGCAUGUGCGGGAACUACAACAACAACACGUCCGACGACAACCUGAAGCCCGACGGGGAACCCGCCGAGGACGUCAUGGAACUGGGCAACAGCUGGAAGGCGCAGGGAGACGGCGAUCCCGGCUGCCAGCCGGACAAUCGGCCCGACGUGCACCCCAACUGCACGGCGGAAGAAGAGGCGCGGUACGAGUCCCGGUGCGCCGGCGCGCUCCUGUCCGACAGCUUCGGAGCCUGCCGCGCUACCGUGAACCCCGAAGCCUUCUCGGGGAACUGCGUGUACGACAUGUGCGCGUACGACGGCAUGCGGGCCACGCUCUGCGACAACGUGGAGGCCUACGCUCAGGCCUGCCGCAGCGCCGGCGUCGCCGUCGGCUGGAGGAACCGAACCUUCUGUCCGCUGCCGUGCCCGCCCGACAGCCACUAUUCCGACUGCACGGCCCCGUGCCCCCCGACCUGCUCCGACCUCUUCCCCGUCUUCUGCCACCUGCCGCCCACCGGCUGCGUGGAGGGCUGCCAGUGCGACGCCGGCUUCGUCCUCAGCGACGGCGAGUGCGUGCCUCUGGACAAAUGCGGCUGUGUGGACUCCGACGACGAGUACCACGACGCGGGAGACUCGUGGCUGACGGCCAAAUGCGUUUCCAAGUGCGCCUGUAACCCGGGCGGCCUGGUCGUGUGCGCGGAGCACAGCUGCGACGGCGACUCGGUGUGCGACCUGGACAAGUACGGAGACGUCUUCUGCAAGCCCGCCAAGUUCGACAAGUGCAGCGUCUCGGGGGAUCCUCACUACCGGACCUUCGACGGUUUCACGCAUCACUUCCAGGGGCCUUACACGUACGUCCUGACGGCCGACCGCCGGCCGCAGAGCUCGCUGCCCCGCCUGACGGUGAGGGGGAAGAACAUCCGACGAGGCGGAAACAAGAAGGUCUCCUUCCUGGACCAGGUCUUCGUCGACGUCUACGACCUCGACGUACGCUUCCUGCAGGGGAAGAGAGUCCUGGUGAACGGGGAGAGCGUGUCGCCCCCUCUGAGUCCGGCCGAAGGUUUGUUCAUCACAAUGAACUCCAGGCAGGUUCAGCUCACCGCCGACUUCGGACUCACCGUGCGCUUCGACGGCAGAAGUCGCGGAGAGAUCAUCCUGCCGAGCACGUACAAGGACGCCGUCGGAGGGCUGUGCGGAAACUACGACGGGAUCCGCGGCAACGAGUACACGAAGCCGGACGGGACGGUCGUCGGGGACCUGAACGCCUUCGGAGAAAGCUGGAGGGUCAGCGACCGACUGGCGGACGCUCGCGACGGCGCCUUCCGCGUUCACAGGCGACAAGCCGAGACGGAUCCCGAUUCCGGAUUUGAGACGCCGGACUGCUCCGAAGCCCAGCUGGACGACUAUAACGGUCCCGCCGUGUGCGGCGCCAUAUCGGAUGCCGCGGGGCCUUUUGCCUCCUGCCACGCCGUCCUGCCGCCCGCCACCUACCGGGACGACUGCGUGUUCGACCUGUGCGCCGAACGGGGCAGCGAAGAGCUGCGUUGCGCCAGCUACGACGCCUACGCAGCCGCAUGCCAGGAGGCCGGAGUCUCGUUGGGACUCUGGAGACAACAGCUGGGAUGUCCGCUGUCGUGCGAAAGCAACAGCACGUACGUGCCGUGCAUGUCGGCGUGCCCGGCCUCCUGCGCCGACCUGGCGGCGCCGUCGGAGUGCGCCGUCGCUUCCUGCGUGGAGGGGUGCCAGUGCGCCGCCGGUUUCGUCAUGAGCGAGGGCGCCUGCGUGCCGUACGCGCGCUGCGGCUGCAGCUUCCUCGACAGAUACUUCCCGCUGAAGGAGACCUUCGUGACCGAGGACUGCGCCCAAUCCUGCGAAUGCACCACCACCGGCGCCGUGUGCCAAGCCAACAGCUGCCAGGACGGUUACGUCUGCGCCAUUUACGACUACAGACGCGAUUGUCACAGAGCGAGUCCGUGCCUCAGCGGCCCUUGCCGGAACGGAGGAACGUGCAACCACAUCGGCGGCGACUCUUACUCGUGCGUCUGCGCCCAAGGCUACGGGGGCUUCGACUGCCAGGACGAGAUUACGGACACCGACGGGCUCGAAAGCAAAUGGAUCAUCGUGAUCGCGGUGCUGGUGUCGGUCACGGUCGUCACCACCGUCGUGUGCGUUUGCAGAAGCGUCCGCAAGUAA